AUGGCCUCACUUCGCUCUCUUGGCACCGUCAAGCCUUCCGCCCUGCAAUAUCUCGCCGCCGAAGGGAUACUUCCCGAUGACCCAGAGCCGGAUGCGUACCGGUGGAAGACUACCUACAGAGUGAACUCGGUGUAUGACGAGAUAUUGAUCGCACAGUCAUGGGUCGUGUGGUCCCGAUGUGGCACCAUCAAGCGAGUUCUGAACCUUGCCAGCGAGAAGGAGGACAUCCUUCAAGCAUUCACCACUACUUUCGAUCUACAGCAUGACGAGCAUGGCAAGGACUCCCUAGAAGAGGCUUUAGUGGUCGUCCUCAAUACCCAGGUCCACAUCCUGCUGCUUUCGGGCGACAGUCAUAUCCUCCCGUUGUCCUUCGAGCCACAAAAAGCGCUUGCAUGUCCUGGAGGUUUCGUUUUGCAGCGAAGGGCUGCAAAGGACAUCGAUGAUAGUCUCGACCUGACUCAGCACGACUUAAGCACCAUCAACGAGAGCCAGACCACCUUGCGGCCAGGGAGCGGCAGACCGUCCCUACUACUGACAGAUUUUGACAGAGCCUUCUCGCGCUCAAGCGACAAUGUGCCACGCACCUUCUCGUGCGUCGAUCCUAUGUCAGAGCUCGGUCUAGUGGUAUGUGGCGAUACUGAUAAGGCACGGUCACUUAACGAUUGCCAUGCUCUGCCCUUCUCGGAGACACUGGUGUACCUGUCGCCUUAUGACGAACUCGAGGAUCUCUCCACUGAGCAUGAGCAUCUUUGUCUGGCAGUUACUGCUGAUCUCUCCAAUAGCACUGUCACGAUAUGGCAUGUGGCACGACAUGUUCCCGCAUCCGCUCGGACCAGGUCCAAGAAACAAACGACAGCCCGUAAAAGUACCUCAGCGAGGAAGAGCUCUGCAAAUCUUGCAAAAUCGCAGCAAACGAGGGAAAGCCAUCUUCGACAGAGCUUUGGUGCUCAGGCUCAGUCGUAUGCCGACAAUUUGCGGUCUUCUGCUUCUGAGCAGAAGUCUGGGAAUAGUCUUGCGGAUCAGCUUGGUCCAGAGUUCGAGCAGACUGGAGUGCAGACUCGCUCCUCCCGACGAGUGAGCUCUAUGCUUGCUCGAACGGAUCUGGGAAUCGGCGGUGACAGAAAUGCCUUCAAUGAGCUGGCCACGGGACAAGCUAGUCGCAAAAGUCUCGGACGUGCAGGUGCUCGUGGCGAAUCCAUUGGGAGCUUUGGUGAUCGACAGAGCUUUGGUAUCCGACGCAAAAGCUCCUUCCAUGCUGCUACGUCGAUUUUGAGCACCGGAACAUCCUUCCUCAACGUAGCGGGAAUCGCACACACCGAUCACUUGUACAACGGUACAAAUUUUGAUCAGCAGGAGAUCGAUGUUUCCGAGUCUAGUGAUCUGCCUAGGGAUGUUGGAUUCUUCAAGCUGACUACGUUCGAGUGGCAUGAGCCGACGCAGGGGCUAGCUGAUCUGGACGUCUUCACUUUGUUGUCCCCCGGACAGAUUGGUAUUGAUCAGCCCACUCUGUCAGUGUGCCUGCUGGACCAUAGCUCGCGGACUAUAGCCAUUGUCAGCGUACAGGUCGACAGUCCGAGCCCGCGGGCAUCCUUGACCCGAUCAAAACGAGCCAAGCUGAAAGCAAGCAGCAUUCGCCGAGGCAACGGUAUCUCUACGGCGUGUAUAGUCAAGGACACCAAUACUCGAAGGCUCUUGGUCGUUCAGAAGGCGCUGUCAGGCGAGUAUUUUAUGCAGCUAGAGGCACCCUGGAGUCCGUCUCUUACCUUGCCGAUGCCAUCACGUCUCAGUCUCACGAAUGCUCAGCCCUCAGCCUUUGACCAGGGUUUCAGUAAGAGGGGAGAUGAGUCUAAACUCCAUGCCACUACUGCUGCAGCGACAAUUGAUAUUGUUAGAGCUGAAGGAUGCGGUGGCCAGGGGCAGAUCGUUCUCUUUGAUUCAUCUAGCAGGCUGCAUCAAUUGCAAGUCACCUUGGCGCCGAAAAACAAUUUUGUUGGGCAUGUGCUUUCAAUGUGCAACUUUCUCUUCGGAAAGCAAUUCCGUGAUAGUAUGCUGGUAGCCUAUUGGGAGAUGCGUCGCUGGAUUGAUCUACGGCACAUCGAAGGCGCCGAUGAGUGGACAGCCUUGGUCACGACGAUAUUCACCCUUGUCGUGCCGUUCCUAGACACGUCUUUCAAGUCGACCCCAGCCAAGAAAAAGACUGCCACUCUUUUGAGAUCGAGCAGUGGAUCCGCCGUGGAUCUGACCAAUUUCAAAGCCAUGUCAGAUGCUCAUAUCAUUUCUCAGCCUGAGGCUCUCAGCAAUCAAUGGCACUGGCUAGGCAAUGAAGCCACGAUGACUCUACCAGUGUCACCCACAUCACCCUCGUCCCGGCAUCUGCGUGGAGCAAGUCUGCAAUCAGCGCUCGACGGUGUCCAAGGCUCGACGCGCACAUUCGUGACCGAUUGCGUCACUCUCGCGAGAGAAUUCAUACAGUCCCCUGCUGGAGAAGCCAUGAUCGGAUCCGAGGGAUAUCUGCCAGUCGCCAUCAACAAAGACAGGGUAGUCCGUCAGACUGCCGUCGCAAAAAUGACAGUAGGUCUCCAGCUGCUGUACGAAGAGGAAAAGCUUGUUCGGAUAUCAAUCGAUCGUUUCGUGACAUCUUCUCUGCCAGCUGUUCUGGCUCAACUUGGCACAUGGCUUAGAUGGUCAGCAUGGACCAUGGAACAGCAAACUUAUUUUGGGCUUCAACUUGACAAUCCCACCCAGUGGUCAAUAGAAGCAUCCCACAUCACCGCACUGCAGGUGCCAUCCCAACCUUUCGAGCCGCCUUCAAUACUGCAAUACGUCUGUGAUAACAUCGGGUCUCAAUCUGGUAUUGUCUUUCCCACUCUAGCGACGUUAGCCGAGCAGCAGUCGCCAGACAGACAGACCGAACACGAGUCCAGAAGCGCACGACUUACACCACUUACUCACGCCAUCACAUGCGUACUCCGCAAACGUCCAUGGGCCACUGGAGGUGCCGUGUCGCCGCCACAAGGGUGGGACAUUCCUACAAAAGAGCUUCAAGCUAUGCCCGAAGCGAUCGUUGCAGUGUUCCACCAAGCUGCUGCUGCUUCGCGGGCAAGUAAUAAACACUCGCCCAGUCGCGAGCAGCCGCAAGAUGCAGAGAAAGCCCGAUCCCGACCUGCUCCGUUAGCGCUCGCAAGUGCCACUGCCUCUCAUCACGCAAGCAAAGACUUCCACAGCGCAGGCGUUUCUGCUUUCGAUGGUGAGACAACUCAGCGCUGGGACCUAGCGUCAGAAGCAGAUCGACAUGCCGUCAGUCGUGCACUGUUUCAGGCUGAUCGCCGCUUCCAGGAAGCAUCGCGGUUGGUGAAUCAGACUCGACCACCUGUCGUGGACUGUCCGAUUGAGCCUGACUGGACCGAAGCGGAUCUACUGGAGACACAAAAGGAGCUUGCGCAGCUUGUGGCGAGACGCACGCUGUCGAUUGCUUCUGGGCGUGCAAUGAUGCAUUACAGCGCCAGAGAACCUCUUCUCACGGAAAGAGUGCCUAUUCCAGCGUUCUCGCUACAGUGUUUAAUAGUGUCAUCGGGCAGAUCCGAGACUGCACAGCCCAUGACAUUCAGCGCCGACAAGUCGUCCUUCACGGAAGAGAAAGUGUGCUGGGCGUUUUUCCAUAAUGGCGCAAGUGCUGGUCUUAUGGUGUCAAGGUUUGCUCGCUGCGUCGAUACUUCGUGGAUCCUGUACAACAAGCCACAGGAGCUUACCAACCGCCAUGCUGGCUUCCUGCUCGCACUCGGACUCAAUGGUCACCUGCGCUCUCUUGCCAAAUGGGUUGCGUUCAAGUAUCUCACACCAAAGCAUACGAUGACUUCGAUCGGUCUGCUCCUGGGUCUGUCGGCAUCAUAUAUCGGAACGCAAGAUCAGCUCAUCACUCGACUGCUAUCAGUCCACGUCACUCGACUGCUGCCUGUAGGUGCUGCUGAGCUCAAUCUCUCGCCACUAACGCAGACCACCGGCAUCAUGGGCAUCGGAUUACUGUAUUUGAGCUCGCACCAUCGUCGUAUGUCCGAAGUCAUGCUCUCAGAACUCGAGAACAGCGAUGCUGAGGAGGGUGUUGCCCCAGAGCUUGUUUUGCGAGACGAAGGAUACCGUCUGGCCGCCGGCUUCUCUCUCGGCUUGAUUAACCUAGGCCAGGGCAACGAGUUGCACGGGCUGCACGACAUGUCCGUUCCAGAAAGGCUGUUGGCGAUUGCCAUCUCAAUGAAGAAUGUCAAUCUGGUUCACGUCUUAGACCGCGCCACAUCAGGGGCCGUGAUGGCCAUUGCCUUCAUCUUCAUGAAGACGAACAACGCCUCAGUAGCGUCGAAAAUCGACAUUCCUGACACAUUGCACCAAUUCGACUAUGUUCGACCGGACAUCUUCCUGCUGCGGACAUUGGCAAGACACCUCAUCAUGUGGGAUUCCAUCAUGCCAACUCAGUCUUUUGUAACAAGAUCUCUUCCGAAGCCGUACCGACACCGGGCAUCUCUCGAUAAGACCUUGAGCCUCGCAACGGAGGAUCUGCCUUUCUUCAACAUCCUGGCCGGUAUCUGCUUCGCUCUAGGACUGCGUUACGCAGGCACACAACGUGAGGAUGCGAGAAAUCUACUUGUCUCGUACCUGGAUCAUUUCCUGCGACUUUCACGCCUCCCUUGUGCCCAUUAUGAUGCUCGAGUCACUCUUAACAGUGUGCGUCAUUGUCUCGAUGUCGUCGCGUUGUCCGCAGCGAUGGUGAUGGCCGGCUCCGGCGAUUUGAUUGUCCUGCGGAGGCUGCGAAGUCUGCAUGGCCGGACCGACAGAGAUACGCCAUUUGGAAGCCACAUGGCUGCACACAUGGCCCUUGGGGCACUGUUCCUUGGUGGCGGCACCAUGACGUUUGGAACGAGCAAGAAGGCUGUUGCCAGUCUUUGCAUAUCAUUCUAUCCACUGUUUCCGAGCGAUGUGCUGGACAACAAGGCACACUUGCAAGCGUUACGGCAUCUAUGGGUUCUGGCAGCAGAAUCGAGAUGUUUGGUGUGCAAGGAACGGGAAACCGGGGCGCUGGUUGGAGGCGUUGCUGCGACGGUAUAUCUGAAGAAUGGCGAGACGGUCAACAUGAAGGUACCAGGUCUCUUACCUGAGCUGGACACGGUCAAUAGCAUCGUGGUCGAGGGUCACGGCUGGUGGUCAUCAACGCUCAAUAUGAAAGAGUCCAAGAAGCGCAACAACAUCGACCAACAAGGCGUGGUCACGGUCUUCAUGAAGCGCAAAUCCGCAUUCGACUCAGCUCCGCAGGGAGACUCGAUAGCUGAAGAGCUGCGUCUUCUCGACGAGCACAGCAUGAGAGCCGCAGGGGGCGUACCUAGCUGCAAUCCAGAUCUAGCUGAGCGCACGCAUACCUCCUCCAAGGCAUCCGAGGGCGAUCCAUUCGAGUGGUUGUUCGGUCUCGAGUCAUUCGAGGACUAUGAUGCCAAGGAGCGAGAUCUGGUGCUGGGACCUUAUGAUGGGGAUGGAAGGCGGUUCUUGGAGGGUACUCCUCUGGACGCGAGGCUGGUCGUUGAGCGAGGACUGCUGCCUGAUGAUCGUCGUAGUGGAGAGCACAAAUUAGAGAUUGACAAGCUGUACCAGAUUCGGGCGCUGCUGCAGUGGUUUGAUCAAUUUGACAGUGAGGACGAGCAGAUGGAUGCUCAAGGUGACGAUGCGAAUGAGACGAGAUGGCGUUCGGGUUUGUGGCUGCGGCGCGAGGUCAUUGACAGGUUGAGGGAGAGGGUGUUCAAGUUGAUGGCUGAAUGA